CAAGGCAAAUGUGCAAUACCAACAUGUCUGUGUCUACUGAUGUAACCACCUCACAGAUUCCAGCUUCGGAACAGGAGACCCCGGUUAAACCAAAACCAUUGCUUUUUAAGUUGUUAAAGUCUGUUGGUACACAAAAAGACACUUACACAAUGAAAGAGGAAGAUAUAUACAAUGAUCUACAGAAACUUGGUAGUAGUCAAUCAGCAGGAUUAUCAGACUCAGGUACAUCUGUGAGUGAGAACAAAUGUCACCUUGAAGAUGGGAGUGAUCAGAAGGAUCCUGUGCCAGAGAAACCUUCCUCUUCAAAUUGGGUUUCCAGAUCAUCUACCUCAUCCAGAAGGAGAGCCAUCAGUGAGACAGAAGAAAAUUCAGAUGAAUUGUCUGGAGAAGGACAGAGAAAAUGGCAUAGAGCUGAUAGUAUUUCCCUGUCCUUUGAUGAAAGCCUGGCUCUGUGUGUGAUCAGGGAGAUCUGCUGUGAAAGAAGCAGCCCCAGUGAGUCUCCAGGGACACCGCCUCACCCGGAUCUUGAUGCUGGUGUAAGUGAACAUUCAGGUGACUGGUUGGAUCAGGAUUCAGUUUCAGAUCAGUUUAGUGUAGAAUUUGAAGUUGAAUCUCUUGAUUCGGAAGAUUAUAGUCUUAGUGAAGAAGGACAAGAACUCUCAGAUGAAGAUGAUGAGGUGUAUCAAGUUACUGUGUCUCAAGCAGAGGAGAGUGAUACAGAUUCAUUUGAAGAAGAUCCUGAAAUUUCCCUAGCUGACUAUUGGAAAAGUACUUCAUGCAAUGAAAUGAAUCCUCCCCUUCCACCACAUUGCAAAAGAUGUUGGACCUUUCGUGACAAUUGGCUUCCUGAAGAUAAAGGAAAAGACAGAAGGGAUAUCUCUGAGAAAGCCAAACUAGAAAACUCAGCACAAGCCGAAGAGGGCUUUGAUGUUCCGGAUUGUAAAAAAACUACAGGGAGUGAUUCCAAAGAGUCAUCUGUGGAGGAAAAUGAUGAUAAAAUCACUCAGGCCUCCCAGUCACAAGACAGUGAGGACUAUUCUCAGCCAUCAACUUCUAACAGCAUUAUUUACAGCAGCCAAGAAGAUGUCAAAGAGUUUGAGAGGGAGGAAACCCAAGACAAAGAAGAGAGUAUGGAAUCCAGCUUUCCCCUUAAUGCCAUUGAACCUUGUGGGAUUGGCCAAGGUCGACCUAAAAAUGGUUGCACUGUCCAUGGUAAAACAGGACAUCUUAUGGCAUGCUUCACAUGUGCAAAGAAGCUGAAGAAGAGGAACAAGCCCUGCCCAGUGUGCAGACAGCCGAUCCAGAUGAUCGUGCUAACGUACUUCCCCUAG